UUGUCUAUGUAACGGCGUCGUUUUCCUCCUCCAAACGCCGACUCCCGCGAAGCAAAUUUUCCUCUCCUAACCAUUUUAAAAUCCCACCCAUUUUCCCAACAACCAAACACAUUCGAAUUCAACUCACAGAAAACGGAGACGAAAUGUUCACCCUCCAAAUGCACACCGUCGACACCCCCAAGCCCCUCUUCACCACCACCUCCUCCGCCACCAUACACGGCCCUAACCCUAAUAAUGACAAUAAUAGUAGCAGUUCAAACCCAACCGAGCUCCGAGGCGUAGCCCAUCUCUUCCGCCACCUCCCACCCACCACAACCACAGCCACGGCCACCCCUUCCUCCAACACCACCGCCCGGACCACUCUCCUCUUUGUCGUUGCCGUGCCCAACUACCUUUCCACCAAUGAAUUCCUCCUCUUCUGUGGGUCCCAUCUUGAUCACUGCUGCGAACUCAUUUUUCUCAGGAAUGAUGCAAUGGAGGAUAGGUAUAGUGUGUUAAUUAGGCUUGAGAAUCAGUUGACAGCAGAUGGGUUCUACCAUACUUUUGAUGGGAGACGGUUUAAGCCCUUUGAGGCUGAGGUCUGCCAUAUAUACUUUACUCAGUCAGUGGAGUACACAGACUCAGCGGAGAUUGCGGGCACACCUCCACCAGGUUUUACUGAAUUGCCAACUUGUCCGGUUUGUCUAGAGAGAUUGGACCAAGACACCAGUGGGAUACGGAGUACACUAUGCGAUCAUUCAUUUCAUUGUGCUUGCAUUUCAAAAUGGACCUAUUUAUCUUGCCAGGUCUGUCGACUUUGCCAGCGGCAUGAUGAGAAACCGGCCUGUGCCGUUUGUGGAUCAUUAAAAAACCCCUGGGUUUGCCUGAUAUGUGGUUUUGUGGGAUGUGGAAGGUACGAAGAAGGGCAUGCCAAAAACCAUUGGAGUGGUACGCAGCAUUGUUAUUCUCUUGAAUUGGAGACACAGCAGAUUUGGGAUUAUGUUGGAGACAACUAUGUUCAAAGAUUGAAUCAGUCAAAAGCUGAUGGCAAGUCAGUCAUGACGAAUGCUCACUGUGUGUCGCUUGAUGGAGAAUGUGGCACUUGUGCGAAUAAUGAGGAUUCUGGAAUUGGUGAUGCACUUUUGAGCAGCAAAGUUGAAGCGAUUGUGGAUGAAUACAUUCAUCUUCUUGCAACUCAGCUGGAGACUCAAAGACAACAUUACGAAUCUCUACUCGCUGAGGCAAAGACUAGUAAGGAAAGCUCCAUAUCCAAUGCAGUGGAUAAGGCUGUAUUUUCAAGGAUGCAGGAUAUGCAAUAUAAAUUGGAAAAAUAUCCCGAGGAAAAGAAGGCUGUUGCCAAUAGGAAUCGCGAUCUUAUGAAAAAUGAUGAAGCCCUGCAAAAAAAGUUAAAGGAAAUUCAAGAGAGUGAAAGUUCAUCACUGAGGUCAAGAGACCAAAAGAUACUGGAUUUGGAAGAACAGAUUAGAGACAUGAAGAUUUAUGUCGAAGCCCAUAGAAUGCUUGCUAACUCAACCGAUUCAGAUGGCAUCAAAGGUGGGACACUUUUGCCAGUACAAGCAAACCAGUCAUCUCCAGGCAAUACCAAAAGGCGGACGAAGCCAGGUCGAAGACGGAAUUGAUAAUCAGAGUCUCUCUUCAAAUCCCAUUCCAGUGUGUGCAUGUUGUGUGUUUUUUCUGCAGUUUUACCAUAUUUCAUCUUUCAUACCUUAGAUGCCGAGAAAACUCAGUUUCUUUUAUCCGACACAAAUACUGAAAUCGAGAGCAAAAGGUGGUUCUAUUACUUCCUUAAAUGUAAAUGUGAAUGAACAGCUGUUGUUGUAAAUGCAGAAAUGCUACUAAAAAAUUCUUUAGGCUGUUACAAGAGUUUUUGGUUAAGGAAGUUGUCCUUAUUCUAGUCUCCUCAAUAGUCUGUGAAUUCUCAGAAAUGAGAGAAAUCUUUAUUCUUGCUACUUUUUGAUUUUGAC